AUGUCCGCAGACCUAUUCGCCGAAUUUGGGUACAAGGCACCAUCCGCGCCGCCUUCAAAUGUCUCACAUCAGCGACAGCCCGGGCUGCAAGCAAACUCUCUGAUCCCCGAUUUAGACAUAUUAGAAGAUGCUGUCUCCUCUAAUCCUCAACCCAAUGUUCAAGAUCAGCACUCUUCGUCACAUGAAAAACAAUCACAAGUACCAGCCAACCAGUUUGCAGCAGCCUUCAACACAGAUUCUUCAAAGUGGCAGGACUAUGGCGAUGGAAAUAACGUAUUAUUUGACGCUACUUUGGAGUCUAUCUCCGAUGAUGAGGACGAGGACUGGGGCGAAUUUGAGUCCGCAGAGUCAGCAACUGGCCAACGCCAGUCAGCAGCGCGCUCUCAACAGCACGAGGGGCUACGGGACAGUCAACAUAGACCUGAAGACGCUCCUGCGUUGCUUGACGUGAUGGAUACGCUAUCAAUUGAGGACUCGAAAGCACCAAAGACCAUUAAGCCCACUAUUAGACAGACGAUCGAUAAGCCUAGGUCAUAUAUCAAGGCUGUUGCUACUAUUGCGAACCCUGAUCCUGCGCAGGACGAUUCCUUCGAGGAUUGGGGUGAAUUCAUUGACGGACCACCUGCAGAGGUCAAGCCAGUGAAGUCCCAAAGCGCUUCCGGAUUGAGCUGUCCUCAGGGUAAAAGCACGCAGGCCCGGACAGCCGUCGUUACGUCACUUAAUUUUACUAGGCCGGGAGACAGUGUAUCCGAGUCUCAGAUCCGUCCUACAAACAUACCUCCACCGUCUGUUCUCUUGGAGUUAUUCCCCAGGCUCUUUGAGCAAGUUCGUGAAGAAGCUACCAAAGCGAGGAGAGAUCUGCAACAGGAAGACCAGGUCGAGACCGCCGCGUCCUCUGUGCUCUGCACCUUAAAGGCUGCUGCACGAGUAAUUGCUGGUCGCACUCUGCGGUGGAAAAGGGAUACGAUAUUGAGUCAAAGCAUGCGAAUAGGCCCCGCACGUUCAGGGAAGCCAGGCGGAAUGAAACUCAGUACUGUAAACAAGAACGAGAGUAUUAAGGAACAACAGGAGGCUGUUGACGUGCUCACGAUGUGGCGUGAUCAAGCCGCACUCUUCAAUUCUGUGAUCCAGGCAUCCGGAAGACAGCCGAUCCAGCCCAUUGCAGAAAAUGCUCGGGUAAUCACAGCCACCGCAGCCCAGGGAGCCAUCAAAGCCCCUCACGCUUGCGCGCUUUGUGGACUGAAACGUGAUGAGAGACUGCCAAAAAUUGACGAGAACGUGCAAGACAGCUUCGGAGAAUGGUGGGUCGAGCACUGGGGUCAUAGGGAGUGCAAAGAAUUUUGGGAAAAGAACAUGGGCCUUCUAGCUCAACGAUAA